UAAAAGAGGAGCUCGGAGCCAGCUGCCAUGGAGUAACUGAACAGCCAACUUCACUUGGAGAUCACGUCACGGAGGGGCGGGCCCUUCAAUUUCUAAUUUUAAAUCUUGGCCUAUUAGAUUCUCUCCUUUGCAGUAGCGUUGUGCCAUAAAUCUGCGCCCCUGCCUCUCCACUCUUCACUCCUGUAUUACUCGCUCUGUAACCUUUCCCUACAAACACUUUUCUCCCCCACGAGAGAACAUGGUUUCCCUUCAAGCCCCUCUCUCACCAACUCCAAGAAUACCAAUUCCAGGCCCUGAGAAUUCAUCAAGGAAGAGAAAAUGGGAAGAACAAAGAGUUACAGAGCUUCUCGACAAACCAUUUGAACAAUCCCAACCUUCCAAUUCCAUAUUUGACACCGAGCUUAAUCUCGAGACCCCGUUGCCAAUGGAUUGGCAACGAUGCCUCGAUGUCAAGUCGGGCCAGAUACACUACUACAACACGAGAACCCAGAAGAGAACGUCAAAGGAUCCGAGGACAAGCCCGGAGCCGCCAAAUCCCGGCGGCGGCCAUAUAAUCAGCCUGGACCUCGAGCUCAACCUGCCAUGUGGAUCAACGAAAGCCGACAAUUCCGGCAACAAGAACACCAAGAAUACGGGUGGUUUAUUAAGACGGUCCCCAUCGUGGCUGGAGUUCGACGGGGCCGCUGAGAAGGAGAUGGUGACGGCGGUGUGCAACAAGUGCCACAUGCUGGUGAUGAUGGACAAGUCGGCGCCGGAAUGCCCCAACUGCAAAUUCCGGCACCCGCAGGACCAAACCAUUCCGCAGCUAUUCAGGGCUCGGCCUCUUAUGUUGGGAAAGUGAAAGUUGGUAGCAUUUAACAUAGAUAUAUGCUAAUUAGAAGGUUUUAGUGUUGAAGCUUCAAGCCAUGGAAGGACUGAUCAGCAACUGCAAGCUUUGUUAUGAUCAAACGUAUGAGCCAUCAAUCGCUGCAAGAGCGAUGACACCUUUCUGUCAGUCUUAUUUAUAGUUGGGACUGUUUAUGUUCAGUGAUCAAAGACUUCAACAGGAAUAUGUGUAUACUGCCGAACGAUAUAUAAUAUUGCCUAUAACUUUGCAAAUAUCAAAACAA